AUGGGUCGUGGUUAUAACUUACUAUUCAUUCUAGUAACGUUUUUAGUACUUGUUGCAGCUGUAGCUGCACAAGGGAACCGUGGCUCGAGCCGUGGUGGCGGUCGGAGACCACAUGUUGGGUUUUAUGGGAAUAGAUGCCGAAACGUAGAGUCUAUUGUGAGAUCGGUGGUUCAAUCUCACGUCCGAUCUAACCCAGCUAAUGCACCGGGAAUUUUACGUAUGCAUUUUCACGAUUGCUUUGUCAAUGGCUGCGAUGGCUCGGUUCUCAUUGCUGGUAACACCACGGAGAGAACCGCCGGUCCGAACCGUUCAUUGAGAGGGUUCGAAGUUAUUGAAGAGGCUAAGACUCGGCUCGAGGCAGCUUGUCCUCGAACCGUUUCUUGUGCUGAUAUUCUCACUCUUGCUGCUCGUGACUCCGUUGUUUUGACCGGUGGACAAAGCUGGGCGGUACCAUUGGGACGUCUCGAUGGCCGAAUCUCGCAAGCCUCAGACGUGGCCUUGCCCGGACCAAACGACCCCGUUUCCAAGCAGAAGCAAGACUUCGCUGCUAAAACUCUCAACACAUUAGACCUCGUAACUCUUGUUGGCGGACACACAAUAGGAACUGCUGGUUGCGGUUUAGUCAGAGGCAGGUUCUUCAACUUCAACGGUACAGGACAACCCGACCCAACAAUCGACCCGAGUUUCGUGUCGCUGAUUCAGGCUCGGUGCCCUCAAAACGGAGGCACCCGAGUCGAGUUAGACAGUGGAAGUGUGGACAGGUUCGACACAUCUUUCCUAAGGAACGUGAGGUCAGGCCGCGUGGUUCUCCAGUCCGAUCAAGUCCUGUGGAGGGACCCCGAGACCCGAGCCAUCAUAGAGCGGCUCUUAGGCUUACGCCGACCGUUCCUGAGGUUCGGCUUAGAAUUCGGGAAUUCCAUGGUCAAGAUGAGUCUUAUAGGAGUCAAGACUGGAUCAGAUGGGGAGAUUCGUAAGGUUUGCUCUGCGAUCAACUAA